AUGACUGAGAACACUAAGCUCACUCAGUUACAAGAGGGAUUGAAUACACUCAAAAAAACUUCCGAAACUCAAUUUAAAUCCAUCGAAGCAGAGAUGCAGGGUCUCAGGCAACAAAUGACAGCAAUGCUUCUGGAACUGCAAAAGAACAACAAUAGUCAGGACAAGGGAGACUCAUCAGCGGGCAAUCAGUUUAACCAUGAACAACCAUUAAUUGGAGGUGAGGUCCAGACAAGGUCCAUCAGGUUAGCCUUUCCAGCCUUUGAUGGUACCGAUCCCAAUGGGUGGAUCUAUAGGGUAAAUCAAUUUUUUCUAUUCCAUAAUACUUUACCCCAACAUCGACUACGCCUAGUCUCCUUCCAUAUGGAAGGAAAAGCACUCACCUGGUUCCAAGAUCUUGAUGAAUCUGGAAUGUUGGCUGAUUGGGAGACCUUUAUUAAAGCACUACUUAUUCGAUUUGGUCCUAAUUGCUAUGAUGACCCUAUGCAGGCUUUUACCAGGCUUAAACAAACUGGGUCUGUAAAAGAGUAUAAAACACAGUUUGAAACUCUCUCUAAUCGAUUUAGGGGUCUUUCGGAUCAUUAUAAGUUAAGUUGUUUUUUAAGUGGCCUUAAAGAUGAAUUCUGGCUCACUGUCCGAAUGUUUCACCCUCACAACUUGAUCACAGCCUAUAGCCUAGCAAAAAUCCAAGAAGAAAACAUAGCCUUGAACAAAAAAACCAACUGCUGGAACCCUCCCAACCCUCCCUAUUCUACUGAACCCGGGUUGUUAAAACUGUCCAAAAACACUCUACCAGUCCAACGCAUUAACCAACUCCAAAUGAAAGAUCGUCGGGAAAAGGGUUUGUGUUAUUAUUGUGGGGCUAAAUGGCAACCGGACCAUCGUUGUCAAAAACCCAAACUCUAUUUGAUUGAGGAGAUUUGUGACAAUCCAGAAGAGGUUAAGGGGCAAAAAGGGGAGGACAAACUUAAGGAAGUUGUGGAUUACAUAGUCACCUUAGAACCUUCUAAUUACAACCCUGAGAUUUCAUUACAUGCUAUAAUGGGGGCUGCCAACUCGAGAACCAUGAGGGUCAUGGCCACUAUCGGUGCUUGUGUUUUGGUUGUUUUGAUUGAUACAUGUAGCACACAUAAUUUCCUAGAUCCGGGAGCCUUAUGCAAGACUAAAUUGCAUUGUGACAGUAAAGCCAAAGUAGUAGUGAAAGUGGCAAAUGGGGCUGUGGUGGAGAGUGAGGGCAUGAUUUCUAACAUGUCUCUAUCUAUACAAGGUAGUCUAUUUGAUACGGGGGCUUACAUUCUUAGCCUUGCUGGCUGUGACAUGGUUUUGGGAGUCUCUUGGCUCCAGACAUUGGGUACGGUUCAUUGGAAUUUUCAACACUUACACAUGCAAUUUACACAUGCAGGGAAGGAAGUCUUACUUAAGGGUCUUGACAACCCAAAAGUCAUGCAGGAGGGUACAUUACCUGGCAGUUCCAGCAAGGAAAAUAGAGGGGUUUUGUUGCAGUUUAUGGAAGAAACCAUACCCAAGCCGACCCAGCCCAUUUGCCCAGAAAUUCAGAACCUUCUCCAGCACUUCCAAGAUAUCUUCUCCAAGCCAAAAACACUUCCUCCACGUAGAUCCCACGACCAUUCCAUCAUCCUACAACCAGACACUAAACCAAUUUCAGCGGAUGGGUCCUGGAGGCUAUGUGUGGAUUACCGGGCCCUAAAUAGUGUCACGGUUAAGGAUAAAUAUCCUAUACCGGUUGUGGACGAGCUGUUGGAUGAGCUGAAUGGCUCGACAGUGUUUUCCAGACUCGAUCUCAGAUUUGGAUACCACCAGAUCAGGGUCAAUCCUGCAGAUAUUCCUAAGACGGCCUUUCUUUAUAGCAGGGAUAUGGAGCAAUACCUACAACAUCUCAGGAUUACUCUUGAGACAUUAAGGCAGCACGAGUUAUUUGCCAAGUUGUCUAAAUGCAGUUUUGGUAGCCCUGAGGUCUCAUACUUGGGGCAUUUCAUUUCAGCCCAAGGAGUUAAGGUUGACCCGGAAAAGCUUAAAGCCAUGGAAGAUUGGCCAAGGCCUACCUCUCUUAAAGCUCUUCGAGGCUUUCUUGGACUGAUUGGCUAUUACAGACAUUUUAUACGGGGGUAUGGCGGAGUGGUGGCUGCCUUGACUUGUUUACUGAAGAAAGAUGGCUUCAAAUGGAACCCAGAGGCUGAGGAAGCAUUUCUUAAGCUCAAACAAGCUAUUAUGAACCCACCGGUAUUGGCCCUCCCAGAUUUUUCCCAGCCAUUUACCAUAGAGUGUGACGCCUCGGGGAAGGCUGUGGGGGUUGUUCUUUUACAAAAAGGGCAUCCUAUUGCUUUUUACAGUCAAGCUCUAAAGGCGAGGGCCUUGAAUAUGUCUACGUAUGAGAAGGAGCUACUGGCUUUGGUUUCAGCUAUGCAAAAAUGGCGACAUUACCUACUGGGGUCUCGGUUCACAGUUAAAACAGACCAUCAAAGUCUGAAAUUCUUACUAGAUUAG